GCUGCUGGAGAAUCGGGAAGGCGGGGACAAGGUGGGAAGAGGGUAUAAAUGCGCGGCCGCUGCAGCGCCAGCAUUGGAGCCACCAAACCCAGAGGAGGUACGCUCCAGACCCGGGUGCAAUCCUGGCGGGCGGCCGGGAGGAAGCAAUGCGCGCCGGAGCCACAUCUGAGCCCAACGUGUCCUGGUGGGCGCUGGCCAAUGCAUCCGGCUGCCCGGGCUGUAGCGCCAACGCCUCGGACAGCCCGGCCCCUGCGGCGUGGCCCGUCGACGCCUGGAUCGUGCCGCUGUUCUUCGGCGCGUUGCUGCUGCUGGGCCUUGUAGGGAACUCGCUUGUCAUCUUCGUCAUCUGCCGCCACAAGCAGAUGCGGACGGUGACCAACUUCUACAUCGCCAACCUGGCGGCUACGGACUUGACGUUCCUACUGUGCUGCGUGCCCUUCACGGCUCUGCUCUACCCACUGCCUGCCUGGGUGCUGGGCGACUUCAUGUGCAAGUUCCUCAACUACAUCCAGCAGGUCUCGGUGCAGGCCACGUGCGCCACCCUGACCGCCAUGAGCGUGGACCGCUGGUACGUGACGGUGUUCCCGCUGCGUGCCCUGCACCGCCGCACGCCCCGCCUGGCGCUGGCCGUCAGCCUCGGCAUCUGGGUGGGCUCGGCGGCAGUGUCCGCGCCGGUGCUCGCCCUGCACCGCCUCUCGCCCGGGCCACGCACCUACUGCAGUGAGGCGCAUCCGAAGGGCGUUGUUCAGGGCGGGAAUUGGAGAGGGUCAAGAGGAGGAGCGCGAGCGUGUUGCCCCAGCCAACUCUCCGCCCUCCCGGGUACCAACUCUCCCCAUCCCCAGGGGCAGCUGCUGGCUGAGCGAGCGGGCGCUGUGCGCGCCAAGGUCUCGCGGCUGGUGGCAGCCGUGGUCCUGCUCUUCGCGGCCUGCUGGGGCCCCAUUCAGCUGUUCCUGGUGCUGCAGGCGCUGGGCCCAGCGGGCGCCUGGCAUCCGCGCAGCUACGCGGCUUACGUGCUCAAGAUCUGGGCGCACUGCAUGUCCUACAGCAAUUCGGCGCUGAACCCUUUGCUCUACGCGUUCUUGGGCUCCCAUUUCCGGCAGGCCUUCCUCAGCGUCUGCCCCUGCGCUCCCCAACGGCGCCCCUGUCGACCCCGCGGGUCUGGACCGUCAGAUCCCGCCGUCCCCCAAGCCGAGCGGCACCGCCUGGCUGCCCACCAGGCCCCCUCCAUGACCCCAAAGCCAGGCAGCGGCGAGCCAGGGCUGCGCAGGCUGUGUGUCCUGGGGGAAGGCACUGCCCCUCUCUGAGCCCUCUCUGGGGGAAUCAAGGUAGGCCCCUCCAGAACGGGCGCUGCUAUUACUAUUUUAUUAAUGUCCUUAUUUUUGUCCAGGAUAAUCCUAAUGAACAUGUUGUCUCCUCCUGGAACGUUGGUUACAAAUUUGCUUUGAUGUUUGCUUCUAUUAAUAUUGCAGUUACUAUUUCUGUGUUUCCUGAAAUCAAAGAUGUAUCGAUGUUGGCACUUUCUGGAACUUUCAAGGAAGCAAAGUAGAAGUUUUCACGCACAGUGUUGCAGCUGACUGUACAAUUGUAAUGUAAGAUCCAGCCUAUUUUCAGAGACAUUAAAAAGUAAACACAAUGUGAUUCUUAAAACUGAUGAAACAGGGCACCCUUCUGACUCCCUGGUAAGUGUCCAGAGCCCAGGGUUGCUCGGGCUUCCUCCCAACAUGGCUGUCGGGGAAAGUCGGACCUACUCCUGGGGGCACAAGCUUCCUGCUUCCACAGUGAGCUGCUGGGAGUUGUCAGAGCCCCACCCAGAUUCAAGGCUGG